UGAUACCGGAGACGAGCGGUCCAGACAAGCCUGCAAACGCCCAGCCUGUCUGUCUGUCUGCCCAGCGGAGCUCCGAGCCGCCGUCAAUGUGAAGCGCAGCCGACCGCCCCGGGGAAGAUCACCCCCCGAGAUACCCAGCAAGUCACACCGGACUAAUAGUCUUCGUCUCGGACCUGAAAGGCUCGCUGCGGGCGCCUCCUGACUUGUAUUUUUCCCUGUGCAAAAGAUCGUGAAGAAAUGACUCGGGACUCGGGGAACUAACUGGCUAGCUAUUAUGCUAACACAGAUUAGCUUCGAUAGCAGUCAGGUUGUAAACUAGCCGUCUAACCAAGUCAACUAUUAUUUGCGAUUUUUUUGUUUUGUUUUUUUGCAGAUCGGCAUAUUCUACCGGUAAACACGUCGCGAUGUUGUCAAUUUAGGUUAGCGCAUUUAGAAGCAUUAAUUUAUGGCAUUUUCUCUUGUUUGCCUAAGUUUUCUAGUGCCAGACAGUCGUGAGGGCAGUUAGCAUGUCGGCUAGCAGAAAUGGUCGGUGUUUGCGGGCUAGUUGUAGAUGGCACAUACGCCAGCCGAGUUAACCGCGUCAUGUAUCCGCACUUUCAAUGUCUGGAUCACUACUAGAACUAGCCCAACUUUCUACUGCGCUUAGACAAAAAUACCUCAACACCCAAGCCUAAUUAAAAAGCACUGUUUCUCCUCUUUUCCUCGAUGAGUAGUUUCAUGUACGCAAGACCUGUUCAAGUUGUGGAGCUGACGUGAGGAAAAAGUGGCGAAAAUCUCAUACUUGCUGCUACAUUUUUUGGAUCAGAAGUGAAUCAGGACUUUUAUCACGAACUUCGAGGCUAAUGUCGGUGGAGACAGUCUCUGCAAUGGGCCGCAUCACCUCCAAGUCUCUCGCUAAAUUUGGGAUCUGUCUGACUAUCCUCCUGACUUCCGUGGCUGCUGCCCAAGGAGAGGAGCGGGAGUGUGCCUUCACAGACCAGCAGCAGCAGUUGGAGGUGGAGCGCGUGGCGGGGGGCGAGGGCAGAGUCUCUCCAGAGAACACCACCAUCCGCUGUGCCAAGGGCAACCACUGCUUCGGCCUGUGGGAGAAGAGCCCCCCGGGCGAAGUGCGGCCGGUCAAGCAAGGUUGCUGGCCCUACCUGGGUGAUCGUCUGGAGUGCCGUGAAGACCGCUGCGUUGUGACCAACCUUCCCCCUCAGAUCCAAAAUGGCACCUACCACUUCUGCUGCUGCGGCAGCGACAUGUGCAAUGUCAACUUCACCGAGGACUUUCCACUGCCCAGCCCCACCACCGCACAACCCAUUACCACCCGCGCCCUACGCUGCGAAGAGACAAUAAUUAUCGCCCUGGCAACAGUCACCGUAAUGGUGGUGGUUGCUGUAGCAGCUUACUUUGGCUACCGCAUGAUGCACGGAGAUGGUAAACAGGGCCUGCACAACCUGAACAUGAUGGAAGCUGCCGGAUCGGAGAGCUCCCUGGACCUGGACAAUCUCAAACUGCUGGAGCUGAUUGGGCGUGGUCGCUACGGCACGGUAUACUGCGGUUCCCUAGACGAGAGGCCAGUAGCUGUAAAAGUCUUCACUGCAGCCAAUCGGCAAAACUUUCUCAACGAAUGCUCCAUCUACCGCCUCCCCCUGCUGGAACACGACAACAUUGCACGCUUUGUGGCCGCGGACGAGCGCACGGGACCGGAGGGGCGGACCGAGUACCUGCUCGUCAUGGACUACUACCCUCAUGGCUCCCUGAGUCACUUCCUGAGCGCCCAGACCAAUGAUUGGGUCAGCAGUUGUCGUCUGGCUCAUUCCGUCACCCGCGGCCUGGCCUACCUACACACGGAGCUCUUCAAAGGAGAUUUGUACAAGCCUGCAGUUUCCCACAGGGACCUGAACAGUCGGAAUAUUCUUGUCAAAGCAGACGGCACUUGUGUCAUCAUUGAUUUCGGCUUGUCUAUGAAGCUGACGGGUAACAGGCCAGCACGCCAUGGAGAGGAAGAAAACGCUGCUAUUAGUGAAGUGGGUACAAUCCGAUACAUGGCUCCCGAAGUGCUUGAAGGAGCAGUGAAUUUGAGAGAUUGUGAGUCUGCUCUAAAGCAAGUGGAUAUGUACGCACUUGGACUGGUCUACUGGGAAACUUUCAUGAGAUGUACAGAUCUAUUCCCCGGGGAAUCUGCGCCAGAAUACCAGAUGGCCUUCCAAGCGGAGGCAGGGAACCACCCGACGUUCGAGGACAUGCAGGUCCUUGUGUCCAGGGAGAAGCAGAGGCCCAAAUUCCCAGAAGCCUGGAAAGAGAACAGUCUGGCUGUGCGCUCACUAAAAGAGACGAUGGAGGACUGUUGGGACCAGGACGCAGAGGCCCGGCUCACUGCUCAGUGUGCAGAAGAGCGACUUGCUGAACUCCUUCUCAUCUGGGACCGAUCGAAAUCUGUCAGCCCCACCCUCAACCCCAUGUCCACCACACUGCACAAUGAGAGGAACCGCAUGACACCAAAGUCUGGACCUUACACAGACCACCCCUCCACCUACAUAGAGGAGCACGAGGGAGUGGCCAAAAACACACAGGCUGACAGCACUAAUGCUGUGAAUGGCAGAGCAAUGACUGGAACAGGGGAGAGGAACCGCAACUCCAUCAACCAGGAGAGGCAGCAGCAGGCCAACGCUCGUCUGCCCAGCCCAGAGGGCAGCAGCACCAGUGGGCCAGGAACCAGAGGAAGUCCCUCAACCACCACCACUACCACCAUCUCUGAGUCUGAGGGGCCCACAACAACUGCCACUGUCCCUGUGUGUCUGCACCUGACCCAGGAGGACCUUGAGACCACCAAGCUGGACCCCAAAGAGGUGGAUAAGAACCUCAAAGAGAGCUCAGAUGAGAACUUGAUGGAGCACUCCCAAAAACAGUUCUGCUCUCCAGACCCUCUUAGCCCUGGCAGCUCCAGUCUGCUCUAUCCUCUCAUUAAGAUGGCCAGUGAGGCGUCCGGUCCCUCUGAGCCCCCCGCCCCCAUUCCAAGCACCAUCUUCCCCCUGCCCAAGCAGCAGAACCUGCCCAAGAGGCCGUCCAGCCUUCCCCUGCGUAACAAGCCUGCUAAGAAAGAGUCCUCUUCCUCCUCUCUGAGGUUUAAGUUUGGCCGCUCGGGUAAGUCCAACCUACGGCAGGUGGAGGGCAACAAGGUGAACACUGGAGGAGCGGUGCCCACUAACACUGCAGUAGAAUCCCACAGGCCCAAUGGCACCAACAACCUGCCCGUCCUGAGAGACAUGCACGUGAACGGAGCUAUGAAUGGCCAUGCCAGCACCAUCUCCACCAUCAGCAGCGGCUCCACAGGAUUCAACCAGAGCUCCGGGGUCCUGAGGUCAGACGACAGCCGCCUUAGCCUGGGGGUCAUCACCGCCAGUCCAGAUGAACACGAGCCCCUCCUGAGCAGGGAGCGUGAGCAGCUUGACCCUUCCACGCUGCGCUCUGCUCGACCCAAUACUAACAACAACAACAGUAACACAGGCCACGGCCAGGGCAACGGAGAGGGUGAGGGGGAGAGUGACACGGAGGAGGAGGGGAACAAUACAGAGGGACCAGGCAGAGAAAGCACAGGAGCCCCAGGAGAGAGUUCCGGGUUGGGCAGCACACACCCCCAAGGGGACGCUCCCGUCACCAUGAGAGGGGAGGCUCUGCUCCGACAGCCACGAGCUCGCCGGCCCGAGAGACCCAACUCCCUGGACUUGUCCUUCACCACUAUGGACCUGGCCUCUCUAGGGGAGGGCCUGGUUCAGCCAGAUGGGGCCCUGGGUUCAGGAGAUAAAAUCAAGAAGCGCGUCAAAACGCCUUAUUCAGUGAAAAAGUGGCGGCCGACUACGUGGGUCAUCCCCACAGACACGCACGAGCCGGAGGUCAAUAACAACGGGUCGACCCGUGGGCCAGGGCACAGGGAGAACCGGCCCAAGUCCAGUUCAGCUCUGUAUCUGCGAGGGGGGGGCAGUGACACCCACGUGUGACUGCGGACCCCCACAGGACUGAAAAGCACCAGAGCGGUUGGGUUAUGUCUGAACUCAGCGAGAGGAAGCUACAAGUGUGGUGUAUGGUGUACAGUUUAGGUCUGUUGCUCCUGUGUGUCUUUGACGAUGGCAUUGCUUUAAAUGGAAUCCAGCUAUGCAGCAUUCUCAUCUGCUUCUGUUGUCUCCAUGCGUUCCUUCAUCAACCCCCUUUUGUUCUCAUCACUUAAACAGUUCCAAACACGAGCAUAGCAUCAUUUUAAGUGGAUUUCCUUUUUUGUAUGUGCACUUUGAAAAUCAGUGUUUUUUUUAAAAAAAAGUCCUGUCUAUCGCGACCAUGACAAGAAGUGGUCUCUAAACUUACAAAGGCGAUAAGAAACAAUCACAAACACUGAGCGUUCUCCUUCCUUUUGUUUUGCUGUAUCACGCUCUGUAAAAGAAGUGUCGGUCUUAAAAGACAGAACAAACCAUUAAAAUUUUGUAUUUCCUUAAUUUGUAUGCAAUCUCCUUUUGUUUAUGUAUUCAUUUUGUACCAUAAUUUUUAAUUGUGCAAUAGGAUGUAGCUUUUAGAUGCUUUUUAUGUUUUUUAUUUUGUUUUACCCCCUCGUCAUGUUUUGUUAAUCAUUGUUGCACUUACGAAUAGUCACAAUCAUAUGUAAACAAUCUACAUUUAUCCCUAAAUCAAGAGGAGACCAAGGAUGACAAUCCCUUACUACAUCUUCUCUGGACACCUUUUUAAGUACAAAAUAUUCAAUCCUUAUUAUCAAGAAGUGGAUUUUUCCUCUUAACUUCUGCUUGCACAAUUCCACAAGAAUCCUACUACUACACUACAAUCACCAAUGUAAUCUACGGCGGGGUCUUUUACAAUGGCCCACUGUUUAACUUGCUGUACCGCGAUCACCUGACCUCACUGUGGACUCUAUGUGUGACUGAUGAACACUAUAUAAAGCCCAGAUCUGCUCCUUUGAAGAAAAAACCAAACCUGUCUGAAGCACGCUGGAUAUAAGGUUCUCUGCUUCUCCUUUUUUUUUUUUUUUUUCAUCCUGUUUUUGAGUGAUUUAUUUGUGUGUGAGCGUCUGUGAGGACUGUCUGAGCCUUAGCGCUGUACAGGCGUGCUAAAACAUUGUAUUUCCUUCUGUAAUCUCAGCGCUGCUUCAGGGCAUAUGAAAAGAUCUCAUUUAUGUUUUUGUAAUCUGUAAUUUGUAAGAAAAAAACCUUAUGUAUGUGUAUUAUUGCAUUCAUAUUUGCAUCAUUUUUAUGAAGUUCUGUUAUGCAUUCAAUGGACAUGGCCUUUCCAUUGCUAUGCGUCCUGUUCGGUACAGUUUCUGUAAACAUUUUUGAGUCAAUAUGAAAAUAAAUCUCAAUAAAUGUAUGGAAUAAUUGUU